CUUGUGUACAGUACGCACCUCCUCUUUUUCAGUGGAGCCCUCGCCUUCGAGAAAGGUUUUGUUUUAGGCAUAGCUGAAAGACCGUUUCUGAUCUCGCGGGGCAUCAGGCGGUUAUUACGCACGUUUGCGUUGCAGUUCUGUCGAUAAUUUGUUUCAGGAGAGGUGUCUGUGCUCUAGCAUUCAAGAAAAGAGGUCCGUAAAGUUCAUCUCGUUACCGGCUGCUAAAGUAAAGCUCAGCACUUCUGAUUGUGCGCGGUCUGACGUGCGGAGCUCAUUUGAGGGGGCAGGAGCACAAGGCUCAACCAAAGGAAAAGGCGUACGAAUUAAUUUGCAAGAGGAAUCUGGAAGAGACGCAACAUUUGGUGGAAGACGUUUCGAAACGGCUGUUUCCUCCCUCAAGUUCGCACAACUGAUUGUUUCCUUGAACCUUUUAAAACAACUCUUCGCACUGGAGACAAACACAUGAAAGAAUAAGCUUGUUCCUCUCGUUUGUAUUGGGUUACCAGUGGGUAUGCGAAAAAUAAUGGCUCUAAGUUCAUCUAAUUUGUCAGCGUUUGCUAUGGAAUUAUCCUAGUUUUGCUGAUGACAAGGACGCGUCCACACUGUCUCGGUUAGGUUGUUAAUGAUUAAAUUCACUAAUUUGCUGCCCUGGCAUUUAAAAUGUGUCUCCAAAACAUUGCGAGGGCAGACCAAUCAUUCUUUUCUGGCUAGAUACAGAAGAACGGAAAUAACGAAGAAAAAUAACUCCUUUUUCGAUUUCUGUGUUGUGUGCAUCUUGUGCGUUUUUCCCGCCGUGCAAAGUUGGUGACUAUCAGGAUCUUGGUUGAGGGGAUCCUCCUUUUAGAGGAAAUCGGUGGAUGACAAGCAAGAGAAAUCUGGACCUACAGAGCAGAACAGGCUUGACAAGCGUAGUAUUUGAACGCAGCGUUUAUUUGUCUUUUUGUCGUUUGGAACGCCGCGUUAAUACCUGCAUUCGAAGGGAUAUUACUGUUUACAUAAUAAACCCCGAAUAAGAGUUCUGUGGGAAUCUCUGGAUUGAAUUGCUUCAUUUGAAGUUUCCCCCCCGAAUUGGAUUAUUUAGAGGUUGUAGUUGUUUGCACAGGGACUGCACAGAUAUCGAAAAAUACUGAAGACAUGCUCGGAUAUUCAGAUUUACGCACCGUUGGAACCACACCGGAGUGCUAACGAGCAGUGAAGGAAAUUAUCAUAAAUUUAUCAGGAGCAAGAAAAUUGGAUAGGGGCUUCGCUGUUACCAGCUCCCUGAGUCGGAGUUCCCUUUGGAUUUAUCAUGAUGUUCAUGCAUAUUUUCAGUGUUCUGUUUUUCUUAGAUGAAGUGGUUUGCUCCUUGGCCAGCGUCUCCGCGGUGUCCGGGGCGGGGACCCACGGCUGGAGGACCCCGGUGGACUGCGUGAGGGCCAGCGACAUGUGCAACCAGAACUCUCAGUGCAGCUCCCGCUACCGCAUCAUGCGCCAGUGUCUGGCGGGAAAGGACAGCAACACCAUGCUGGCCAACAAGGAGUGCCAGGCGGCGCUGGAGGUGCUGCAGGAGAGCCCCCUGUACGACUGCCGCUGCAAGCGGGGCAUGAAGAAGGAGCUACAGUGCCUGCAGAACUACUGGAGCAUUCACAUGGGCCUGACCGAAGGUGUGGAAUUCUAUGAAACAUCCCCAUACGAGCCUGUGACUGUUCGCCUGUCUGAUGUUGUUCGUCUGGCUUCAAUUAUCUCAGGAAUGGACUCAGCCACCGUGAGGGCGAACCACUGCUCGGACUCGGGGAAGCUCUGCAACCCCUGCCUGGACGCGGCCAAGGCGUGCAACCUGAACGACACCUGCAAGAAGCUGCGCUCCACCUACAUCGCCACCUGCAACCGGGGCUCCAACCUGCUGAUGCCCACCGAGCCGUGCAACCGCAAGCGCUGCCACAAGGCCCUGCGGCAGUUCUUCGACCGCGUCCAGACCGACUACAGCUACCGGCUGCUCUUCUGCUCCUGCCGGGACAAAGCCUGCGCGGAGCGGAGGCGGCAGACCAUCGUCCCCUCGUGCGCCUACGAGGAGAAGGUCAAGCCCAACUGCCUGGAGCUGAGGAACACCUGCCGCUUGGACCCCUUCUGCAGGUCAAGACUGGCCGAUUUCCACAUGAAUUGCCAGAUGACCCCGCACUCGAUCACCAGCUGCCCCAAUGACAACUACCAAGCGUGCUUGACAUCUUAUGCCGGGCUCAUUGGAUCGGACAUAACCCCAAACUACGUGGACGCCAGCUACACAAAUUUCACCAUCUCUCCGUGGUGCUCCUGUCGGGGCAGUGGAAACUUUGAAGAGGAGUGUGAAAAGUUCCUGAGGGACUUCAGAGAAAACACUUGCCUGAGGAAUGCCAUUCAAGCCUUUGGAUAUGGAACAGACACCAGCCUGGUUUCCAAACCGGUGACUGUCCCACCCACGCCGUCGGUGAGGCCUGAUUUGGAGACGGAGAGCAUACCCAAGCCUUCGGUCAACACCAAUGACAUCAAGCCCGGAGUAGACGCCUGCGUCUUUGCCACCUGUGCCAGCCUGAAGGAAAAUGGACCAAAGUGUAAUCUCUCCAAAAACUACAUCUGUGAGAUGGAUCCCAACGCAGAGACCUCCAUCGUCCCAUGGGAGGGGAGAUCGUCCAGUUCCUGUGCCAGUGGAAGGGCAGUGAUCGUCUGUCUGUCCUACGUGCUCUUCAAGCUGGCUCUAUAAAAAAAAACCUUCCGCAGUUCACUCAUUAACCAACAACCGGAGGAAAUCAAGCAUAAACAAGCCCCACAACAAGGACCUUGAGAAACCACACGCCCUCUCUCUCUCUGCAGCUCUCUCCUCUCUGGCGACAAGGAUGGCGAAAGGGAUUCCCGAGGAACAUAUCAAGGGCUGCCGUACUGCAAGAUUUCACGUGGCACAGAGAGAGAAAGACGGUUGUAGAUCGCGCCAACUCUAGAUUCCAAAGUCGAGACCUAUGGAAUAACUCUGAAACUGCUCCACUAGGCCUCCUUCCCAGCUGCUUGGUAGACCAGUUAAUAAUCAAGACAGAGGAGCGGAAGCCAUGUCUCAUCAUGUGCAAGUGCUUCUGACCCACAGGUCAGAGGCAUCUCUGGUGAUGGUGGUUCCAUCAUUGUCGUUUUCUUCUUUUGCCCAGACCCACAGCGGCAGAAGCUCAUCUGCGUGUAAUCGCUCUCUCUCUCGCCACCCCUUCUUUCUCUCACAUCCUGAUUUGGUCUGCUGUCCUUCAGCAAAUGCACCCGCUUUUCUGUCUGGUGUCUGCAUUUUUUUUUUCAAUCCAUAACAGAAAACGGCGUUCAUCGCUUAUCACUAAAAAAAUGAUUUUAGGUAUAAACCUUAUUCAGUUGACAAUGUAUAAAUUUGUGUAGGUACUGUAAAUGUCCUACAGCUCUUUUAUUCCGGUACUUUUUUGUUGACAAAUUCUAAAAAAAAAUAAAAUAAAAAAUGUAAAAAAAUAAAAAAUUUAAAUUAAUUUAAAAAAAACUGUCUUGAAGUGUGAACCGACAAAGUUCUCACUGGAAAUAUGUUCUUGUUGGAAGUUGGCAGGAGUUGGCCAUUGUGUAUAAUUUUGUCUGUGAGUAUAGAUACAAAUUGUUUCCCUUGAAAUGUACAGAUGUAAUUUCUUAUGUACUAAAAAUGUUUGAGAGGUAGGGCAGUGAUGUGCAAGCUCAUAGCGAGCUCAGAGAGAACAAAGGAAAAGAUCAGCCGUGGUGAUUGCACUGGGCUGAGGAACCUGACAGUGCCAAUAAUGCUAGAUGUAGGCUGUCAUUAUGUGUAAUAGUUUUUUCUUUUCUUUUUUUCUUUUGCCUAUACAGACUGAACAUAUUCAAAGAAACAAAGCUCCAGGGACAAUGAAACAAAGCAUCAUUUGCUUCAAAAGUAAAUUGUUGUUGUAUAAUAUAGUGUGCAAUCUAUCGCGUGGCCUUACUCUCUUUUUUAUUUUUUUCUUCCUCCAAUUCAGUGCUGCCACACAAUACUGUUUCAGAAAAGCCAGCCACUGGCAAGGUUGGUAAAUAGAAAUUCUUAAAUAGAAAUUCCAGUGCAGAGAAAAGGAAAAAAACACAACUGCUUUGAAAAGUGAGUAUUUUUAGAUUGCAUAUGAUGGACUAGCUUGUCUGCAUUGUUAUCCUUUUAAGCCAUUAUAUAAAGCCAAAUGUAAUGUCAAGUCUAAAAGAUUACUUAACUUUCUCAUAUUCUACUGGACAUAAAGACAUUGUGUACUCUUGUGUUAUGCCAGCCAGAAGAGAAAUGGGUCAUUGUAACGUAGGUUCUAAGUGAGGCAUCUGUGCAUUAAAUGUGCAUGAUUUUGGUUUCCAUCACAUACAUUUGUGUAAGCAUUUCAAUACUGAAACUAAUCGACUAAAAAUGGCAUCAUAAAUUCAAUAAUGACUACAUAUACUAAUUGAAUGAACUGCACUUUUCUUACUAAUGGCUAGCUAUUUAGCAAGGGACUAGAUCUUAAAGAACCUUUGACCAUUGAAGAUAAAUUCAAAGUGUCUGUUAGAUAACCACUUACAUACUGUAUGUUACUCAUAAGAUAUGGGAAUCGUAUUUUAAAAAAUUCAGACUCACAGCUGCAGUAAAUUUGCCAUGAGGUCGGACUUGGAGGGGAAACACUGCACAAUAUGUAUCGACAGUAAGAAAAAAAAGUAAGUCUCACCACAUUUUCAAUUAUAUAACUAUUGUUUUGCUCAUGGUAUGUUUUGGUAUUAAUUAAUACACUUAGCUAAUGCAGGCUAUGCUGUAUUUUGAUUUUAUGGAAUGUUAUUCAGAAAUCAAACUGAGAAAAGUAUAAUUAAAUAUGGAUUUAAUGUGCAAUUACAACAACAAAUGCAGUCUAAAACAAUGACCAUAAGUCUUGUGCACUGUUUGUCUGUUCCAGAACAUGAUUUCGGUAUGUUCAGAAUUUGAUAUCUAACAUGACAAAAACACCAUACUGGCAAAAUGGCCAAAAAUAAAAAUGGUUAGCUACUGUAGCAAUUAAUCAUGUCGUAGUUAACGUUUACCAACACGCUCAAAAAUAUGCUAUGCCAGCACUCUUAUGAAAAUAUAACAAUGUAGCCAGCUAUCUAACAAAGGCCCAUCAUGGCACAGAAAUUGCAUUAUAAUUACCUAGCUAUUAUAAUUACCUAGCUAAUGGUGACAGUAUUAUGUACUAAGACCUUUGUUUUUGUUUUUUGUUUUUUUGUUUUUUGGACAUAAGGAGAAUAUUGAUUGCUUGCUAAUGAUGAAGAAAUUAGUUUGAUAUUGGCAACAUGCCUUUACUGUCAAGAACUGUGGCUUGCAGUUCAAAGAUAAAAGACGCGUACUCUCCAGAAUAUCCCUAAAGAACUUAGAACUAAACUGUCUUUGCUGGCAAUUUGCUUUGCCGUUUGUCAGAAGGCUCUUGUGAAGUGCUGGAAGAACGCAUCAUUUUAUCAUACCGUAUUCCCUUAAUUUGCUGUACAUUUUUAGAAUGUAACAGAUGUCCCAUAAUGCCUGUUUGCAUAGGGAAUGUACAAGGAUCAGCUGUGACCCUGGCACAGUGAGUUGAUUUUGUUCAUUGUUAGAUUUGUUGUGAAAAAUGUUGUGCUGUGCAUUUAAAACCACAAAAAUGUUGAUUAGGUAGAAUUAAAACAGGGCAUUGUCUUAUGUUCGGUGAAGGCCAAAUAUAAAUGACCUGGAGGAAAUAUAAACAAAUGUUGAAAUAAUAAAUACAAUUUAAAUGCAAAUUUGAUAUAUUUUUAUAGGUACAUAAGAUUGUAGCAGAAUUAUACUGAUGGAACUAGGAGUCUGAUUUUAUCAACAAAAAAAGGUGCCUGAAAUGUAUCUGCCCAACACUUAUUUAACUAAACCCCAAACUAGAUUUCAUUAAAAUAACUGAACUACUGUCAUUAGGGUAAAAGCAGCUGCUUGUGGAAAGAGGUUCUUUUCAAUAUUGGUUUGUCUGUGUUGUCAUGGUUGCAGUCUUUUCUGCUCCCUAUGCAUCAGAGAUGGUAAUAAAUAAAUUAAGCCAUUGGUCUCCAACCCUGAAACAUUGUAGUUUCAAUUCCCAUUGUAGUUUCAGUUACCUGUGUCAGUCAUUCAUUUUUGACGUUUUUUCCUGUAAUGUUUGUAUUUUACCAAAUGGUGUACAUUAAUAAUCAUAUUACUAGUACAGUAAGAAAUACAAUACAUCAGCCUUUUAACAGCCUAGGACAUACAGAUGAAGCCCCACAUAGGUUAAAAUCAGUUUACUUGCAUUAAAAGUUCCUCUACAGUACCCUAGGUCCUCUUGAAUAAUCAAUGGCCAUCAGUUGAUAGAGUUACAUUAAACUGCUGGAUAUUUGCCUGAGUGAAGAUGCUUCUAGAACACUGUAGUGUCUUUAUGAACAAUUCCCAACUGUCUCUAAUUACAUUGCCCAGCUCCUGCUGUGCAAUCUACACUGCCCAAAAAAUGUGUGCUACAAUCGUAACCGCACACAGUGUAAACGCCACACAUGUGGGAGAGAGGAUCAGACCAAGCUGCCAAGAUUAGUUCCCAAAACUCUUACUCCAUACAAUAUACACCUUCAAAACUCCCCGACAAGUUACUGGGAGUGAUGACAGCUGCCUUAUCUGACUACACAACAGAAAGUGAAGUUGGAUGUCAAGGGUUCUUACUGUAAAAUGCAAAAUGUGCCUACUUCUACCUUUUCAUUUCAAAUUCAGACCUUUCACGCAAAAAAAAAAACGUUCACGGUUUUUUUUUUUUUUCGUCAUGCAUUAGCGUGAAGCCGAAGACACAUACAAGGCAAGAGUGCUGGAGUUGACAACUGUCUUCUUUAGCAUGGCUGCGAGGGCAGUCAGGCAUAAACUUAAUUCCCACUGAUAUGGGGGAGGGGGAAUUCUUGCAUGAGACUGAGAGAAGUAUGUAUUAAAAGACUGAAGCUGUGCUUUGAAAAUUCAGAGCUGUCAUAUUUUAUUUGGUAUUAUGGCCUCACAUCAAAAAGACAAUUAAGUCUUUAUCUUAGAAAAAAAAUAAAUAAAGUGUAACAUGAAAGUCUUUGCUGUUCUGCUGAAAUAUUAUCUGUGUGUUGCCUCCACUGGAUAUAUUGGCCACAGUCUUAUUUUCAUGGAAUUGUGCGUGUGCGUUGAUUGUCUUUAACCAAACUGAGUGUGCGUAAACAGUGUGGUUCCUCUCUGUGAUAAAUGGAGGCUUCUGACAUACACAAAGACAAUCAUGCACAAACUGUGCUGCUGAGGAGAGAGAGAGAAAAAAACAGACAAAGGCUUUUGACACCGAGUGGCAUUGUGAUUGUGGCAGGACACCGCAGAAGGACAUACCGAAGUUAUAUAUUAUAGAUAAACCUUACAGUUUGUGUUGUGGCAUAAGUAUUGGCUCUGACUCUACCCCUUUGGGACAUUGGGUCAUACAUCGAUUUAACAUGCGUUCAAAUUAUGCUAUGUGGACAAAAAAAAAAAAAAAAAUCCCAGCACUGUAACAAUGUUAACGUCACCUACCUUUGUAGAUUGCAGUAAGAUCAAGAUAUGCUAAUGUUGUGCUUGUUUCUUUAUCAAUAAAAAUGCUUUUAUUUGUA